AGAGAGAAGAGCUGGCUUCGAUGGGGAGGGCGAGUGCGAGGCAGGACAGCCCAGGGGGUGGACGAGAAGCAGAGUGGAAAGGGGGGCCAGAGGUCCCAGCAGGGAGCCGGGCCUCGAACCCAGACGAGGCUGCGGAGAGCGAGCCGCCCCGGCCCCCCGCGGGAAACGGCAGUUCAGCGCCGCCUUUGCCGGGAGGAGCUGCGUGACCUUGGCUAGGUCGCUUUUCUCCUUGAGCCACGGUUGCCUCAUCCGUCAAGUGGGGAUGGAAGGACCCCCCUCAGUCUGUCUUGCAGAGGAGCGCGUGGAUGUGAACAUCCGCUGAAAAGCGCCCCGGGAUGCCGUCUGGAGCCCGGAUGCCCCACCAGGGGGCGCCCAUGGGCCCCCCGGGCUCCCCGUACAUGGGCAGCCCCGCCGUGCGACCCGGCCUGGCCCCCGCGGGCAUGGAGCCCGCCCGCAAGCGAGCAGCGCCCCCGCCCGGCCAGAGCCAGGCCCAGAGCCAGGGCCAGCCGGUGCCCACCGCCCCCGCGCGGAGCCGCAGUGCCAAGAGGAGGAAGAUGGCUGACAAAAUCCUCCCUCAAAGGAUCCGGGAGCUGGUCCCCGAGUCCCAGGCUUAUAUGGACCUCCUGGCAUUUGAGAGGAAACUAGAUCAAACCAUCAUGCGGAAGCGGGUGGACAUCCAAGAGGCUCUGAAGAGGCCGAUGAAGCAAAAGCGGAAGCUGCGUCUUUAUAUCUCCAAUACGUUUAACCCUGCGAAGCCCGAUGCUGAAGAUUCCGAUGGCAGCAUCGCCUCCUGGGAGCUGCGGGUGGAGGGGAAGCUCCUGGAUGACGUACGUCCUGGCCCAGCCCCACCCGCUCCCAACGCAUCCUGCCCCCACAGUCCCUGUCCUGCCCCCACGGUCCCUGUUCCUCUCCCACAGCCCAGCAAGCAGAAGCGGAAGUUCUCUUCCUUCUUCAAGAGUUUGGUCAUUGAGCUGGACAAAGACCUUUAUGGCCCUGACAACCACCUAGUUGAGUGGCAUCGCACACCCACGACCCAGGAGACGGACGGCUUCCAGGUGAAGAGGCCGGGGGACCUGAGCGUACGAUGCACGCUGCUUCUCAUGCUGGACUACCAGCCUCCCCAAUUCAAACUGGAUCCCCGCUUGGCCCGGCUGCUGGGGUUGCACACACAGAGCCGCUCCGCCAUCGUGCAGGCCCUGUGGCAGUAUGUGAAAACCAACAGGCUGCAGGACUCACAUGACAAAGAAUACAUCAAUGGGGACAAAUAUUUCCAGCAGAUUUUUGAUUGCCCCCGGCUGAAGUUUUCGGAGAUUCCCCAGCGCCUCACAGCUCUGCUGUUGCCCCCUGACCCAAUUGUCAUCAACCACGUCAUCAGCGUGGACCCGUCGGACCAGAAGAAGACGGCGUGCUAUGACAUUGAUGUGGAGGUGGAGGAGCCCCUGAAGGGACAGAUGAGCAGCUUCCUUCUGUCCACGGCCAACCAGCAGGAGAUCAGCGCUCUGGACAGUAAGAUCCAUGAGACGAUUGAGUCCAUAAACCAGCUCAAGAUCCAGAGGGACUUCAUGCUAAGCUUCUCCAGAGACCCCAAAGGCUACAUCCAAGACCUGCUCCGCUCCCAGAGCCGGGACCUCAAGGUGAUGACGGAUGUGGCAGGCAACCCUGAGGAGGAGCGCCGGGCUGAGUUUUACCACCAGCCCUGGUCCCAGGAAGCCGUCAGCCGCUAUUUCUACUGCAAGAUCCAGCAGCGCCGGCAGGAGCUGGAGCAGUCGCUGGUCGUGCGCACCACCUAGGAGCCCCUGCGGAGGAGCACCAGGAGCACCACCGAGGGCCUCCGGGCCGGGCCUGCCCCGCCCCCGGGCUCUGCCAUCGCCCCUCUGACGCCUUCCGGGUGAGGCAGGGGAAUGAUUAAAGCUCAUGCAUCUGA